GGCCCCGCCCCCGCCCGUGGCGCCUGCGCGGUGUGCGCUGUGGCGGCCGAGCCGGGGGAGCCGAUCAGCGUCGCGGCGGCGGCAGCUGGAGACAAAGCGCCCGACUAAUGAAUGGGACGGUCCUGCCCGACCCUUCCCUUUAACUCCUUCGGGCCCGGCCGGGCGGCGGUCACUGGUGGCCUCCCGCUUCCGCGGCGGCUGACUGGCGAGGUAGACUCCUCAGCAUCAAUUUUGGAUAGCAUGUAUUGAACCUGAAAUGAAGCCAAUGGAACACAGUGGAGCAGAUAUAUGGUGUGAAAGGAUCAUAAUUACCUAAUCAACAUCAACAGAAUGGCUUCCUUGAUGAAGAAAACAGAACAUUCAGUUCAUAGGCUUAUGUCUACAACAUGAAGUAUUUAACAGUAGCUGUCUUUGAGAAAUUAAUUUGUGACCUGAGAUCUCCUGGUCCAGGAAAGAAAUUGAGAUUUUACAAAUUAGAGCUAUAAUUUUUCAAUACUUUUUUUGUGACUAAUGAUAUUUAAAUUUGCACAACAAAAAUAUAGAAUACAAAACCCAAGGGUUAUACUGAUACAUUUUUGUUUGUGCAUUACACAGGCUAUAUCAUUUUAAAUUAAAUUUUAAAUCAUCUUUACUUUUUAUUUAUUUCUUAAUACAUGAAGACUCAGCAAGAAUAAUUUGUCACCCAUGGAAAAAAAUAAGGCAUAUUCCCCAAAAAUGGACAGUAAUUUUGUGUUAGAUAAAAUCAACAAUUUAAAAGUAGAACAAGAAGAUGGAAUAAAUAAUUGUACUCUGGAAAGAAUGGAUAUAAAAAAUGAACAUGAAGAUUUGAAACAUACAGACAGUAGUGAUGAACAAGACGACAAAGAAAAACAUUUCAUCAAUAACAAUCCUGGCAAAUAUUUAUCUACCGAAAAUGAAGAUGAUUAUGGAUCUCUGUUUUCUCAGUAUAGUAGUACUCUUUAUGAUGUUGCAAUGGAAGCUGUGACACAAAGCCUCCUUUCUAGCAGAAACAUAAGCUCACGGAAAAAAUCCCCUGCUUGGAAUCAUUUUUUUAUAUCCCCUCGAGACAGCACUAAAGCAAUAUGUAUGUACUGUAUGAAAGAAUUUAGCAGGGGUAAAAAUGAAAAGGACCUAAGUACAAGUUGUCUCAUGAGACAUGUGAGGAGAGCUCAUCCUACUGUACUUAUUCAAGAAAAUGGAAGUAUGCCAGGUCUAGCGUCUCUUUCUUCGCCUUCAUUAUUACUGCCUGCUCAGUCUGCAGAUGUUGGAGAUUUAAGUGCAGUGUUAUCGCCUAUAAAACUGGUCAAGAAAAUUGCUUCUAAGAUACCAUCUCCAGAUCGAGUAAUUGAGGAAUCUGUUUCUAUAGUCUCUUCUGAAGAAAUAUCAGACCUUUCAGUUUCUGAAAAGUGCAUCAAAGAAGAAGUCAUGGCUGGGUCAUCUCCACCCCUACCCAACAAUCAAUAUGAUGAAACUGUGGAGAAUGUAGCAGAGAAAACUGUUCCAAUUCCAAAGAGUACAUCAGGUUCCAGAAGAAGAUCUGCUGUCUGGAAACACUUUUAUUUGUCUCCUUUAGAUAAUUCUAAAGCAGUUUGCAUCCACUGCAUGAAUGAAUUCAGUAGAGGAAAGAAUGGAAAAGAUCUAGGAACUAGUUGCUUAAUAAGGCACAUGUGGAGAGCCCAUCGUUCUAUUGUUUUGCAGGAGAAUGGCGGUGGUACAAGCAUACCACCUUUGUAUUCUGCUCCUCCAACUUUAUUGCCUUCUUUACUGCCCUCUGAUGGUGAUCUGAAUUCUGUGUCGUCCUCUCCAGGAAAACUGAUUAAAGAAUCAAUGUCUGCUUCUUCCUCUCCAGAUAGAAUGGUAGAGGAGAUCCAUUCUGCUCUCCCUUCUGGAGAUGCUCUGGUGGAAGACUCAUCGAUGUUGUCAGCUGAUGAUAUAGGUGAAGCCUCCUUAGUGUCUUCUCCUGAGAAGCAGUGUGAGGGAUUAAGUCCAUUGAUAUUUGAACGUAGCUCUGUGUUUCAGCAGAAUAAAAGGAUUAUGAAAAGGCUUAAAUCAGAAGUUUGGCAUCAUUUUUCACUGUCUCCAGUGGACAGUCUAAAAGCUAUAUGUAGAUACUGCAGUUGUAUGAUAAGUUGUGGGAAAAAAGGAGAUGUAGGCACAAGCUGCUUGAUGAGACAUCUAUAUAGACGCCACCCUGAGGUGAUUGGGAACCAAAAGAGUUUUAUAGAUGCAAGUUUGGCAAAUUCUCCUUAUGCUACUUUGGCUUCUGCGGAAUGUUCAUCCUCAAAAUUGAUUGACUUACCCACAAUGGUUACAAAUGGUAAUCCAAUUAUAUUUCCUGCCAAUAGCAAGAAGACCUCAAAACUGUGGAAUCACUUUUCAAUUUGUUCUGCAGAUUCAACUAAAGUAAUAUGUAUGCACUGUGGACGUACAAUAAGCAGGGGGAAAAAGCCAAUUAAUUUAGGUACAAGUUGCCUUCUAAGACAUUUGCAGCGGUUUCAUAACAAUGUGCUGAAAACUGAUGCUUCAGAGACAGUGUUGUCCUCUUCUAUGGAUAAUCACAAGCCACUGAACACAGAAUUAUUAGGAUCGUCAACCUUUGAUGAAACCAAUGACAAGUUUUGUGAUUCUCACCCAGUUGCCAAAAAAAUUACAAGUCUUGUAGCUGAAAUGAUUGCACUUGACCUUCAGCCAUAUUCUUUUGUAGACAACAUUGGCUUUAACAGACUGCUUGAAUACUUGCAACCUCAGUAUUCUUUACCUUCACCAUCGUAUUUUUCUAGGACAGCAAUUCCAGAAAUGUAUGAUAAUGUGAAACAAAUAAUUAUUUCACAUCUGAAAAAAGCUGAAAGCGGAGUGAUACAUUUUACAUCAGGAAUAUGGAUGAGCAAUCAAACACGAGAAUACCUAACUCUUACUGCUCACUGGGUAACAUUUGAGUCCUCAUUUAGACCACAGUGUGAAGAUUACCAUUGUACAGCACUUUUAAAUGUGUCACAGAUUGAUUGUGACUACAAUGGCAUCAGUAUUCAGAAGCAGCUAGAAUAUUGGUGGGAAGCCUGGAUAACUUCCAUUGGCCUUCAGAUUGGGAUUACUGUUACUGAUAAUCAGAGUAUAGGAAAAACUUUAAAUGAAAGUGAUCAUUCGAGUGUGCAGUGUUUUGGUCACACUGUUAAUCUCAUAGUAAAUGAGGCUAUUAAAAGUCAGAGAAUGGUUCAAAAUUUGCUUAGUAUUGCAAGAAAGAUUUGUGAACGUGUUCAUCGGUCAGCAAAAGCAAAGGAGAAAUUAGCUGAGUUACAAAAGGAAUAUGAGUUGCCCCAGCAUCAACUUAUUCAAGAUGUUCCAUCCAAAUGGAAUACAUCAUUCCAUAUGCUUGAACGCUUAAUUGAACAGAAAAGAGCAAUUGAUGAAAUGUCAAUAGAGUGCAGCUUUAGGGAGCUGAUAAGUUGUGAUCAGUGGGUAGUUAUGCAAUCUGUGUGUCAUGCUCUGAAACCAUUUGAAGUUGCAAGUAGAGAGAUGAGUACACACAUGUCCACUUUAAGCCAGGUGAUUCCAAUGAUUCACAUACUUAACAGAAAAAUAGAGAUGUUGUUUGAGGAAACAAUGGGCAUUGACACCAUGUUAAAAUCUUUGAAAGAAGCUAUGGCGAGUAGAUUGUCCAGCACACUUCAUGAUCCAAGGUACAUUUUUGCUACACUUUUAGACCCUCGCUAUAAAACAUCCUUAUUUACAGAGGAGGAGGCUGAACAGUAUAAACUGGACUUAAUCAGGGAGCUGGAAAUAUUGAGUUCUACCUCAGAUGAUGAUAAACCUGUUUCUAAUGGGUGUGAUAUAGGUUCACCAUCUACAAACUCCUGUGGGGAGGAUAAUCUUUGGUCACUUAUGGCUGACAUGAAAAAAUCAAAAGAUCUAAAAGAGAAGGCAAAGUUACCAGAGGAAAUGGUGCUCUCAUACUUGGAGGAAGAAGUGCUUGAGCAUAACUGUGAUCCACUAACUUACUGGGAUUUUAAGAAGUCAUCGUGGCCAGUAUUGUCAAAAUUGGCUGUAAGAUUCUUGGGUUGUCCACCAAGUAUUGUUCCUUCAGAGAGAUUGUUCAAUACAUCCAAUGAAAACAGCAGCUUUAGUCAGUCAAGGCUAAUGAUUGAACACUUUGAAAAACUUAUCUUUUUGAAAGUGAAUCUUCCCUUAAUAUACUUCCAGUAUUGAAACUAACGAACAAAUUGCCAGACUAAAACUAUUGUUGCUCACUGGAUAUUAAAUAUUUGGAUUGUUAAAUUGCUCCAGUAGGGGCCAUGUAUGACAUCUAAUCAGUGACUGUAAUUCAAAAUUUUAGUUUUGUCAGCUUUCAUUAAAAUGUCUACAUGUGCCUUAUUCAUAGUUCUUCAGGCCAGAUAUUGUAUAUAUGUUUUUUAAAAGUUCACACUAGAAAUAGCCUGUCUUGUCAAAUUAUACAUAAUUAUGUAGGUUUUAAUCCAUAAUUGUAAAUGAACUUAAAAAAGCGUGGUCAUUUGUUUUAAUAGAAUGGCAAAAAAGAUGUAAACAGUUCUAUUCUGUAGUUUUUUAUUCAAUUAUGUCAAAACCAUAAACCAGGUACUGUAUUUUAGUUAAACAUUGCUUUAAUUGCAGCAAAAUAGCUUUUGUAGCUGUCAAAAGAGAGCUGUACAUAAAAGGUGGAGUUAAAGCCAUCUUUUUACUUAGCAGUUUUUAAUUGCAAGCCCUAAAGUACUUAAAGGGUUAUGAAGAAUUAUUAUGGAAGAUGUUUACUAUGACAGGAAACUAUUGACUUACUAUUUGAAAAUGUAACUAAAUUUAGAGAUAUUAUGGAACAUCAGUUAUACAGUAAUCUGUAAUAAAACUUCCCAUGUGCUGUUCUGCUAUUCAGGUUUUACAUUGUAAUUGAAUUACAGAAAUAUUCCGAGUAUUUAUAUAAGCUCUUUUUGGAAGUUUUUAUCAAAGUUUGUGAAUGAAUGCUUGUUGUUUAAUGCAGUGUAUGAAAAGGCAAGAAACUUAGUGAAAGAUCUGAUGUUCUAAAAUCUUUUUUGAAUCUUUAGUGCAUCAAAAUUAUAAGGGUUGCCUGGCGUAAAAAUUGUGCCCUGGUUCCCAACACAAUUACAGCCGGGUAUAACAAAUUGUCUUAAAGUUCCUAGUACAAAAAUAACCAACACUGAUUCUGAAGAAUAGCCUUAUGGAUAUGGUGCACUGCUUAGAAUUUUAUGUAGUAGGGUUGAUUCAUAAUUGUUGGUGUCCAUCAUGCAAAUGAGUAGGCCCUAUCAAAUUCAUGGUCUAUUAUAGGAUUUUAAAAAUGAUAAAUUUCAUGAUUUCAGCUAUUUAAAUUUGAAAUUUCACAGUGUUGUAA